AUGUUCGAGAAACCAGUCAUUGCCAUCGUGCAAGGUGCUUGGCACCGCGCAAUCCACUACGAGGCAUUCGCUCAAUUACUGACUACCAAAGGCUUCACUGUCCUCCAGCCCGAUAACAUCUCAUCUGGAAACGUUGAUGAUAUCAAGGGCAAAACACAUAUGGAUGACAUGGAAGUCAUCAGAAAAGCACUCCAACCCUCUCUAGACGAGGGAAAGCAGAUUGUUCUGAUAUGCCAUAGCUACGGUGGUAUUCCGGGAUCUGCUGCUGUUGAAGGAUACCAACUCCACGAGCGAGAGGCAAAAGGUUUAUCUGGAGGAAUCAUGCAUGUAGUUUACGUCGCGUCUUUUGCACUUCCUGUCAAAGGACUAUCUCUUCUAGCUGCUGUUGGAGGAACAUUCGGUCCUUUCUUGGACAGAACUGACGAUGCUUUGUAUCUGAAUGAGGGAGCAAAGGAUACCUUUUACAACGAUCUCCCUUCUGAAGAAGCAGGCAAGGCUCUAUCAGCAUGUGCUCUCCAGAGCACGGCAAGUCUUGAGACUCCAUCGGAUUUUGUCGCGACAGAUAUCACAGUAUCAAGGACGUAUGUUGUUUGUGAGGAGGAUCAUUGCAUCCCUAAGCAAGGACAGCUCGCUAUGGCGGGGGCUAUGGGAGGCGGCGUUGUCAUGGAGACUAUCAAGUCUGGACAUGUACCGUUUCUAAGUGAAGACGCCAUGUUGAAGGUGGUUGACAUUGUCGAGAAAGUUGCUCAAUAA